GUGUCCGCACUCUUCACCGGCCAGCUCUGCGACCGUUUUGGCCACCUCCAUUUGAUGCGGCUUGCCGGGUUCCUCUGGUGCCUGGGCUGCCUCGGCACGUACUUCUCGCCAGAAAACGUCUACAUCGUGCUCUGCAAGUUGGGCAAGGGCUUCGGCCUCGGCAUGGCCAGCGUCGCCGUGCCGCUCUAUGUCUUCGACGUGCUCGUGGCCCCAUACCGCCAGCUGGCCAUUGGAUGGGCCGCUGCCUUCAGCAUCUUUGGCCAGGCCGCAAUGUACGCGUUUGGCAUUCUCCUCCGCACCACACUUGGCAGUGCCGUGGACGCGUUCCACUACUCGUGGAUAGCAGAGGUCUUCUGGGGCGUCCUCCUCGUCGGGCCGUCGCUUUUCCUCCCGGACUCGCCGAAAUUCCUCGCCCGCAAGGGCCAGUGGGAACGGGCCACAGCCAGCCUUGAGCGGCUCUCGCUGCAGAAGAACCUUUCGCUCACGUCCGUGCCCUUGCAACCCUCGACUUUCGGCGACUUGUUCCGCCGCGAGAACAGAAAAAGAUUCUUUUUUGCCGUGGCGCUCCAGGCCAUGGCCCACGGGGCUUGCGUUUUCGGCGCCACGCACUUCAUCCACUACACGUUGGCGUUCUGUCGCUUGGACACCGCGUUGGUCGAGACCUUGUACGGCGUGUUCUUCGCCAUCCAGCUCCUCUUCACUGCUCUCUCCGUGUUUGUCAUGAAGAACUCACGCAGGAAGGACAUGCUUGCCUACGGCUUCUUUCUUCUCACCGUGGCCUUCUCCUCCUUGGGCGCCACCAGCUACGUGUACGCCACCGGCUCCACCAACUACUUUGUCUAUGCCCCCGUGGUACAGGUCAGCCUCGUGGCGGCGUCCACGGUGCUUGCGCUCGUGGGCUUUGCGUUUUCCGUGGCCUCGCUUCUCAUCACGUCGCUGUCUUUGCUGUGCACGCUUGAAACGCUCCCCUGCGACUUGCGGGCCAAAGGCGUGUCCAUUGCCAUGUCCACGGCCUGGACUGUCGAGACGCUUGCGGCCACCUUGAGCAUCGGACUCACGCACAUUGCGCCGUUUGCGCUUUUCUUUGGGUUGGCCGUCGUGAGCGUUGCUGCCAUAGUCGUCACCUUGUAUGUGUACGAA